AUGGCGAUCUGUACUUACAACGCACGUACGCUUGCAUCGGAAGCGGCCAUCGAAGAUCUGAUGAUGCAAGCCAAGAAGAUCAAGUACGACGUCAUCGGACUGACCGAGACGAGACGACGUCACCCUCUCAACGCCGUAUAUGAAACUGGAGAAGAACUGUUCUUAGGAACAUGCGACAGUAGAGGUGUUGGUGGAGUUGGCGUCCUCGUCAACACGAGUAUGGCAAAGAACAUCGACUCUUUUGAACAACUUACGACCCGAAUCGGACGUCUGCGGAUGAGAAGAUGUGGCCCAAUACCAGCUUUGACUAUCUUCGUCGUUUACGCUCCAACAUCAAGCUACGAAGAAGAAGAAGUCGAAGCUUUCUAUAUGGACCUGGAGAAGUUCUACCAAGAAGAUCAUGCCUUCUACAAGGUCAUAGUUGGCGAUUUCAACGCUAAGGUUGGCCCAAGAAGAACGCCGGAGGAACUUCACAUCGGGACCCACGGCCUACAAUGGAAUGACCAGGGAGAGAGGCUCUCCGAGUUCAUCAUGACGACUAAGACCAUCCAUGGGAACUCGCAAUUUCAGAAGCCCUCUUCUUUACGCUGGACGUGGGAGUCACCCGGUGGAGGGUACCGUAAUGAAAUAGACCACAUCAUCGUCAAUAAAAGGUUCUGCCUGACGGACGUCGGUGUUGUACCAAAGUUCUAUACGGGAUCGGACCAUCGCCUCCUCCGAGGAAGAUUUUCCUUCACAAGGAGAGCAGAGAAAGCCGCCAAGUUCAGAGAGAGAAAUCCCAGGACUACCAUCAACUGGGAUCUCUUCGCUACGCUAGCCGGCUUUUGGGAAGAUUCUGCAAUGGACAACAUCGACGAGGAAUAUGACCGGCUUGUCGAACACCUUCACGACUGCGCGAAGAAGGCUGAGAGUUUUAAAACCACCAGGAGGCGCCUGUCUCUUGAAACUCUUGAGCUAAUACGCCAGCGUGGAGCAGCACGAGCCGCAGGGAACCAAGAACUCACGUCCGAGCUCGCAAGGCUUUGCCGAGAGGCGAUAAAGGAAGACCUUAAAGAGAGAAGAGCAGAAGUGCUGGCUGAAGCUGCAGAGGCGGGGAAAAGCAUCCGCUAUGCCCGCCGAGACUUCGCCAGUCGCAAGACGAGGAUGACUGCUCUCCGGAACCCAAAGGGAACAGCCAUUGCAUCGAGAAGGGGGAUGGAGAAAAUCAUCUACGACUUCUACUCUGAUCUCUCUUCGACAGCCAUGUCCACUUGCCUCCUCACCAUCUGA